AUAGCAACAAACAAACGCUUCAUAGCAACCGACAGUGAAACGACAGUGAGGUGUAUUCAGGGCCCUUCAGGAAAUAGACUCUCUUAAGUAUAUUUGCAGUGACACAUCAGCAGCCUCCAUCCACCUCCUCUUGCUCCUAUGGAUGAGACAGUGAAGCCUCUCCGGAUUCCUCCCCAGAUUUCAGUUUACGCUGACACACAUGGUAUUUUCCACCUGGUGCAGAGCAUGGUAUCCAGUCUGGUCAUUGAUCAGCCUGAUGAUCCGAUCUCUUACCUGAUCCGUUUUCUGCAGAGGAGCAGUGUGGACAUUCCCAAGAUCAUGCUGCUCGGUCCUCCAGCUGUCGGGAAACACACUGUGGCUAAGAAGCUGAGUGCUGAGCUAAGAGCUGUUCAUGUGACCACAGACAGUUUACUGCAGGACCAAUCAGAGCUGGGUGAACAGGCACGACAGUGCACACUUACACAGGAGCUUCCUGCUGAGCUGCUUUCCCGACUGAUCCAGCAGAGACUGAACGAGGUUGACUGCUUCAACAGGGGCUGGGUUUUGGAGGGAAUCCCUCAGACUCGUCUGCAAGCUCUGAGUCUUCAGCAGGUUGGGGUCAUCCCUGAACAUGUUGUGAUGCUUGACGCUCCUGAUGAUGUGUUGUUGGAGAGGAGGAUGGGAAAACUAGUCGACCCACUGACUGGAGAUGUGUACCAUCAGACCUUCACCUGGCAGGUUGAUGAUGUCAUUGCUCAGCGUCUGGUGAAGGACCAUGGCCUAUCAGAGAACCAGCAUCUGGCUGAGCUGCAGCGUUUCCGCUGUGAAGUCACAGGUCUAAUGUCAGCCUAUCAACAUGUCUUGAAGACCGUCAACAGUAACCAAUCAUAUACCGACGUCUACCAACAAGCACUGGCUUUUGUCCGGACUCAUCGACGCUCCAGGACUCCCAGAAUCCUCCUGUUUGGUAGGCCCGGAUCGGGGAAGAGUCACCAGGCCAGACUGCUGUCAGAGAAAUACAAGAUAGUGGAUGUUUGUUGUGGCCAGCUGCUGAGGUCUGUAGCAGCUGAUGGUUCAAGUCUGGGAGAGAAGAUCCAACCAUACCUGGAUGAUAGCCGACCAGUUCCAGACCCCUUGGUUCUGCAGGUUCUGGAACAACGGCUAAGCCAGGUGGACUGCAGCUGCAGAGGCUGGGUUCUCCAUGGGUUCCCUCAAGACCUGCAGCAAGCCAAGAUGCUGCAGAAGUCCCAGCAGCAGCCCAACAGAGUUUUCUUCUUGGAGCUGACGGAUGACAUUUGUGUGGAGAGACUGAGUCUCAGAGCAACAGACCCAUGGAGCGGAGAGAGUUUUCACGGUGUGACUCGACCUGCUCCCAACUCUCAGGUCCAGGACCGGCUGAGGACCAGACCAGAGGACAGUACGCAGAGUGUGACAGACUCUCUGAGCCAGUACAGGACACACACGGCUUCUCUGCAGUCUGUCUAUCCAGAUGCGAUUCUUAUAGAUGCUGAUCAGGAUCCACACUCUGUGUUCGAGGCACUGGAGAGCAGAUUAAAUACAGUCUGACAGGAACUCCACCUCAACAUACCUGGACCCAAAUGUAUUUUUUUUCUGACCUACAUUUUUUAAAUGUUGUUGUUUUGUUUUCAAUGUGUCUCUUUGGGACUUGUAGUCCUUUGUUGUGUAAAGAGAUAAAUUGUUCACCUUG